AUGAAAGUUUUGGCAUGUGUUUUGGUAUUAGCUGUAACAUCUGCCCAGGCUGGAUUCUGGCCCAAUGGCAAUCAAGUUGGGGGCUUUCAAGGUGGUGAUGCUCAAGUCGAUCUAACCACAAAGGUUGUUGUAGACACGCAACCUGCUGAACAACAUCCCGUUUAUCAUCAUGCCGAAGCAAGCGCUGUUGCUGACAUUGGUUUUGUCGAUAACCAUCAUGGGGUGGCUGCCGAUGAUGUCCGAAAUGCUCCAGCCGUCAAGAUCAUUCAACAUGAACCCAUUCAUCAGAUAGAACCCGUUCAUCAUGUCACAAGAGUCCUCCACCAUGAACCUCAUCACUUCUUGCAUUACACCAAUCCCGUUGUCGAUCAUCAUGUUAUCCAUAGCAAUCAUCACAGCAACGAACAUCGCAACGCUGCCGAUUUACAUUAUAACGAACUGCACCAUGGCGAUGCGGCAUAUCAUGGUGAAGUUUAUCACUCCGAUGUUUUCCAUAACUCUGGUACUUUUGGUAAUUCCGGAAUCGUUCACCAUGCUGACGUUAGUGAUAAUAAUCCUGCUGUUGUUUUUCAUGCCGAUAUUCACAAACAUUCCGCUGUCAUUGUUAAGCCAUUGCGCCAACACAAAGAUGCCAUUGUUACCAAAAUUUUCCCCGCCAAAAAGUUAUGGACAUUACGCAAAGGACUAUGGUAA